UCCACGAUCAUCCACGAUCGCCAACUGUCAACAACACUUAACCUAAGCUCCGGCCACUGCUCAGCUCAAUAUCGUUAACAUGGCGAUAGCAUCGACGUCCAGUCUCCAAGGUGGCCAGUACGCCCGGUAUCUGGUCUUCCUCAGUGCGUGCCUUCAACUUUUGCCCGUGGUGUGGACCGCGUCACGCUCCUCUUCCGUAACGCUCGAAUCGCGUAUGAGAGAUGAUCCCGAUUUGUCUGAGUUCUACUCACUGAUCGAGCGAGAUGAAAUUGCCAUGUCCAAGCUAGUUCACCAUUCGCUGACAAUAUUUGCACCGACGAAUCAAGCCUUCCAGCGUUACCUCAACAACAAGACGCAUCUGAACUAUCACAUGUCGACCACUCCGCUCCGGUUAUCGCAGCUCGCUGAUACGGUGCGUUCGCUAAACGACGAUGGUACACCGCUGUACAUUACCCGAAUGCGCCCGCUGAGCGGCAUGCAGGAGGAUCUGUACGUGAACAGUGCGAAAAUUAUCCGGGAGCGUUCCAACAUGGAGUUUACAAACACCCGCGGCUACAAACAGAUACUCCACGUUAUAGACGACGUGCUGACGCCUAUAACGACGGUUUUCAACAAAACAUUGGAUACACCCAACCCGGAUGCCUGGGGAUUUUUGCAGAGUGUGGAGGCUAUCAACAUCGAGCCACACCGGGUGAGAUCGUUCCGGAAGAAGAUACUUAACCUCAAACGGGACCAAGUGUUCAAGAAACCGGGCAUCUCUACCUUCUUCAUACCGGUGGAGACUGGCUUCAAGGUGAGGACACGAAUGAGCAUGGUGGAUAAGCGCGUGAUUGAUGGGCAUGUUAUACCGAACAAAGCCAUUUUCACCAUACCUGCACCGUACGGUCAAGCGCUGGAGACGCUCCAGUUUGAGGAUGAUCUGCGGGUGACGAUUACCUUCUUCCGGCACGACACCGGAAAGAAUGCACGAGUGUUUGUGGUAUCGAACACGAUGUACUCCAACUCGCGGCUCACACCCGGUGCGGUAAUAGCGGAAAUCGUCAAAGCAAACAUCCCCGUUGCAAAUGGUGUCGUGCAUUUAAUACACCGACCACUGGUGAUUGUCGAUAUGCACGGUCUGCAGAUGCUUACGGAUAACAGCCACACACUGUGGUCUAAAUUUCGAGAUCUGAUUGAGGACUAUGCGCCAGAAUUCCUGAACAUCUUGCGAGGUAUGAACCAAAUGACGAUCUUCGUUCCGCAAGAUGACGCCGUCUCGCAGAUGAUGCAAACGAACUUCAUGAGCAACCGCAAGAAGCUUCUUGAGGUGCUAAUGAUGCAUGUGGUGCCAGAUGCCAUUACGAUCGAUAAGAUAAAGCGUAACAACCAGAAUCAUAUUUACCAAAUACCAACAAUGACAAGUCGGCGCUUUAUAUACUUUAAUCUGAACGAAAACCGUACCACACACGCCAAAACCGUCACCGUCGAAGGUGGAGGUGUGAAUGCAUCCCUGGUGCUGGGCGAUAUUGCCACGAAGGAUGGCUACAUCCACAUCAUCGACCGGAUGCUGGGUGUUUCGUACAUGACCGUGCAGGAAAAGCUUGAAACUGAUCCAAUGCUGAACCUUACGUACCACUUUGGAAAGUUGAACCACUUCAACGAUCAGCUAAACAUGACCAACAAGCGAUUUACUUACUUCGUGCCGAGAGACAAGGCCUGGAUCCAGUGGUUUAUUGAACAUCCGGCUGCAAAUCUCGACGACUUUGUGCGAAACCGUGAACAGGUAUCACGUCUGGUGUUGGAGCAGCAUCUUAUCAUUGCCGAUCGAGUGUUCAGUAUGGGAGAUCUGAGAAAUAUGUCUCAUGACUCACUCAUCCUACCGACGGUCGGUCCGGAAAGUUUGCAAAUACGCGUCAAAGAGGAAGAUAACAGGUUCUUCAUACAGUGGAAGGAAACGGGCCGCUGGACGACUGUGUUCCGUGCCGAUGUGGAGUGUACUAACGGGCUGAUCCACGUCAUUGAUGCACCGUUCGUGCACGAGUACGACAUGAUCACUAGCGGCGGCAGUCAGGUACGGCUUUGCAGCACAGUACUAACGUUGAUGGUGACAGUAUUAACGACGCUAGCAACGAUCGGAACGUUCUGAAACGUACCGCUGGUGCGAUUUCGUUCAACAAUUUAUAAGGCACACCGCCAUAAGAGGAUACCGAUUUGUGGAUUAUAGCUUGCGUGUUCGAGCCACACCGAACGGAGCGGCCUGAACUGUCAUUUUGUUGCCAAAUAUUUGGUUUCACGCUGAAACACUCCUUAGUAGUACCGUAGUACGAAUUCGUAUUCUGUUCAUUGCCCUGAUAGUGAUGUUAUUAAGUAUCUCUAUAUUUCUCUCUAUCGCUCUAUCUGCUAGUGGUAAUGUAUUAUGACAAAUUAGUUGCAUUUCAAGAAUCUCAAGUAAUUGAUGACUCAGUUUACAUGCAGGGAGUGUGUUUUGUAUUAAAAACAAACAUUUACUUCAUUAUAAGUCUAGCAUGUACGUUAGUUUAGACAGACGUCACGCGAGGGCUUGUGACGUUUGAUUAGUCUUGUGUUAGAAUAUUGUUCCUUUUUGUCUCUCUCGGAAACAAAAGAUCUAAAAACCACAACAAAAAAAAAUAUGGCGUUGCGAUUGAUUUGAUGUUUCUUGUUUGGGUUUCUAAACGUGUGCAGUAGACCCCGUUCCCAUUCCUUCGCUUUUCAUACACUUUAAUCCGUACCUUUUUCAAUGUGUUCGUGUGCCUUAAUAUAUACAACUUAAUAUAUACAAACAAGAACAACAACAACAAAAACCAUUGCCGUCAUUACCGUAAUUGCCUAGUGGAAUAUGCCUUCUGUCCCGAGCAGAUUGUGCUAUAAUAGAUACCGAAUCUCUACAAGCUGGCAAAAAAAAAAUGUUGUAACGAAGUAAGAUAAGCGAAACGAAAACCUUUAAGCUGUGUGCUGUCUGCCUGUUGAAAAAAAAACUGUAUUUACAAACUGCAUCCGAGACUCCGCGGUGUGGACAAUGUAUUCUGUAUAACCAAAAAUGUCACUGAUUAGUUUCCGAACGUCAAGGUAUUGCUAAAAUUGAUAUUAAAUAGUCGUCGGUUUUUUGAUACUACUACUUCCAAUUCGCGAUUCCCAUCUUCCCGAGAACCCUCCCCCCGUUUUGUUAGGCUAGCGAACGAUUCUAGGCGUAAGUGCGUUGCCAAAUUAAGCGUAAUAAUAAUAUAAAAAAAUGAACUGGAGCAACAACAAAUAAAGCAGGAAACCGUGACUGGGAAAUAGGAGAAAUUGACAACACAAAAAACAAAACGGAAUCUCCAGUUAGAUAUCGCUUCACCUAAAACAUGUAAAACCGUUAAUCGCCUUAAUGCAGGAAGAUAACAGAGUGUAGCGUGUAGUCGUUUUCCUUUUGGGAGUUUAUGUUGGUGAAUUGUGGCGUGUGCCUUCUGUUUCACUGUUGCCUUUUUUUUUGUUUGUUUGUCCUGUAUGUAGAACGUCCUGUACCAUUACUUGCUAGCAUGUAAACAGCCAGAUAAAUCCGGAUCCCGAAUAAUGUAACAUGAGCAACACUUUUAGCUUGAUGAAUUGAAC